GCGGAGCUGGGAGGAGCCAAUCAGAAGUCGCCGCUGGCGGGGCUGGGCGCGGCCCCUCCUACUCUACCUGAGUGCGCGGCGGCGGGUGGAUCGCUGCGCGGCGCACCGCGGGUUCGGACCUGGACGUCGGACCGUGGCGGGUAUAAUGUCAAGUGGAGAUGCGCACCCGUCCCCGGCCCUCGCCAAGCCCACGUUCACCGAGCCACAGGCCUCUGCGCUGGUAGAGUCUGUGUUUGGGUUCAAAGUGUCCAAGAUCCAGCCACUUCCCAGCUAUGAUGACCAGAACUUCCACGUUCACAUUUCACGCCCCAAAGAUGGUGCGGACAGGCCCCUGGAGUAUGUCCUCAAAAUCAGCAACACGGAAUGCAGCAAGAACGCCGAGCUGAUUGAAAUGCAGAAUGAGAUCAUCAUGUUCCUCAAAGCAGCUGGCUUCCCUACUGCCUCUGUGUGCCGCACAAAAGGAGACAGCACCACGUCCCUCAUGUCCAUUGACAGUGGAUCUGGAAUCAAAAACCACUUGGUGAGGCUGAUGACGUAUCUCCCGGGCAGACCCAUUGCCGAGGUUCCUGUUGGCCCCCCGUUGUUGUAUGAAAUUGGAAGACUAGCUGCCAAGUUGGAUAAAACGUUGGAGACAUUUCAUCACCCCAAACUGAGUCUCCUCCACCGGGAGAAUUUCAUCUGGAAUCUGAAGAAUAUUCCUCUUCUGGAGAAAUUUGUGGAUGCCCUGGGCCACAACCGAAACCGGGAGAUUGUCGAGCAAGUCAUCCAGCUGUUCAAGCAGGAAAUCCUCCCCAGAUUAAGUCAUUUUCGAGAGUGUCUUAAUCAUGGCGACCUGAAUGAUCACAACAUUCUAGUGGAGGCCAGCAGAGUGCCCUUCGGCGAUACCCCGUACCAAGUCUCGGGCGUCUUGGAUUUUGAUGACAUGAGCUUCGGGUACUACGUGUUCGAAGCAGCCAUCACCAUCAUGUACAUGAUGAUCGAGAGCCAGGACCCCCUGCACGUGGGAGGCCAUGUGCUCGCUGGGUUUGAGAGUGUCAUCCCCCUGACGGCCGUGGAGCGGGCUGCUUUGUACCUCCUUGUCUGCAGCCGCUUCAGCCAGUCCCUCGUUAUGGCUGCCCACUCCUGCCAGCUGCACCCAGAGAAUGAAGAAUACCUCAUGAUCACGGCCAAAACAGGGUGGAAGCACUUGCAACUGAUGUUUGAUAUAGGCCAGCAAGCUGUAGAAGAGAUCUGGUUUCAGACCGCCAAGUCUUAUGAAUCUGGGCUCCCCCCUCCAGGACUGGAUCAAAGUUCACAUUAAAUUGGAUGAU